AAAUCGUAUCGAUAUGUUUCCAAUAAGAAUAUUGUACAACACUGGGGUUAGGUUGCCGUCAUCUGUGGAGGUGCAGAACUUUGGAAAUAGCGUGAAGAUUAGCCGCCAGCACUCCACGGAUACACAAGGAACAUAAGUGAAAAUGUUGGGACUACAGCGAUUUGCCGGCAGAAUUGUCGUUCAGCUAUAUCGAGGCGCAACAUACAGCAGUAAUGCACGUGCGGCGAGUGCGGCACUUGCUACGGCGGCUAGUAAUGGACAAGGAGUGGGAUCAGGUGCAUCUGAAGAGGCGGAAGCGCGUACGGUUUCUGCGGACGCAACUGCUAAGAAACCAAAGAUUACGGGUCAUAUGGUUGCUGCAGCCUUUGAAUCGUUGAGAAGUGAAAAUGAAUCCAGUGGAAAAUCAACAACGAACAAAUCAAGCACCACGCCGGCCGUUAAUAAUAUAGAUGAACGCAUCGUCAAUGCCAAAACUGUAAAUGGUCUGUUGGCGAUAACCGAAAACAACAACGCAUUUUCACGCAAACAUGCUCUGAAGAUUGUCUCAAUACUAGCCGAAUGGAGCACCGUCAAUCGUGUGAAAAUAUCUGAAUUUGAGAACGAUACAAGAUUUUUGCGAGUUUGUCGAAUGCUAGGCCGCACCGUGCCAAAGAAUGACACCAAUGGCAAAAAUAAUGGCACUGGAGGUGGCACGAACAACUCCUCAAAGCGCAUUUCAGGCUUUCGCACCGACGACCUUAACACAGUUCUUGGUGUAGCUGGAGAUGAUGAAGCUGCCAAGCUAAUUGCUAGUAUAAGUCUUCCGCAAAUGGUUAAAGUGAUGAGCACCUUGGCACAGCGCAAGCGCCGUAGCACUCCAUUGCUGCGCUCACUAGCGUUUAACAUUAGCAGCUCCUCAGAUCAAUUAGAUUUGAAGCAAGCUGCCGAUGUGUUGUAUGCCAUGUCUACUUUAAACUUUCAGGACUCUGUGCUUGGUGCGAAAGUGUGUGCUGAUGUGCAGACCGCCUUGCCAAAGAAUACUGAAAGGUCGGCUGUCGUGGGAUCCGUGCUCACCAGUCUAGGCAUAAUGCGUUAUCGAGAUUUAGACAUAUUGGAAUCGCUGACACAGUGGCUGCUGAACAACAGUGAAAUUUGUCGACCUCAGGAUCUGAGUGCCUAUUUCCUUACAUCUGCGUUGCUUAACUUUAAGAGUGCACAUUUGGAGGAUGUACGUAAAAAGCUGGCAAGAUCAAUUGUUCGUGAGGAUUUCACAAAGCAAUCGGAUUGGCUAAACUAUGUUUGGUCACUGACGCUGCUGGGUCUUGUGGAGCACAGUCAGUUAGAGUCUGUUCUGAGCACGGAAUUCCUGACAAAAUUGCAGAGUGAUAAGGCCGGCUUAACGGCAACAUCCAAGAUGAGGCUACUGAAUCUAAAUAGUUAUGCGCAACUAUGCCUGAGCGACUACAAGGGCGCUUUGCUACCAGCCGAUUGUCCAGCCUAUGAUGUGCCAAUGGCGCACACGAAGUCCAAGCAGGUUCUUGUCAACGGAAUGCUCGAUGCGUUAAAAAGUCUGUUGCCUGCCGUAAAUCAUAUGCAAAGCUCGGUCGACAGUAAAAUGGGCUUCUUAAUUGAUGCGGUAUGCCAAUUUGAUGCAAAACGUAAUCCGCUUCCGUUGGACAAUCAGAAUGCUGAAGCUAUUAAAAUCGCCCUGAUGGUAGUUGAUUUCCAUGACAUAUGCCAUGGAACGCAUCGUAGUGCAAGCGGCUCCACGAAUCUAGCGUUCGAUCUGCUGGAAAAGAGUGGCUAUCAAAUUAUACCUGUGCCACACAGCGAGUUCAGCACCAGUGACAAACUACUGAAGCGCGUCCAGUAUUUGGAGGCAAAGUUUAAGGCCGUUGUUAGUAAAUAAUUUCAGUUAUAGAAU